AUGUUUUUUUCCAGGAAUGAAAUCGAUCAGCUGAAAUCCUAUCGAUUAUCAGAUCCAUCUUUACUAACUGAAAAAUUGUGUGUUAUAUGUCAAUGUGAUUUCGAGAAAAAAGAGCAGAUACGUGUUUUACCUUGUGAUCAUCAUUAUCAUGUAAAAUGUGUGGACAAAUGGCUAAGAACAAAUCGAACGUGCCCAAUAUGUCGUCAGAGCGCGGCAUCCGAUAAUAGUGAUAAUAGUUCAACAGCAACGGCUACUGCGACUGCCACAUUAACUGGUUCUUCAUCGUUAUCACAUAUUGCUGUGCAGGGAGAGGAUGGAGCAGGGAUAAUUCGAUUAAAUAAUAAGAUAAUUGAUAAUUGCAGGGAAUUUUUAUCUUCAAAAUCAUUGUGA